UUGUGGAGGGACCCCGGAACCGGACCGUCGUGCUGGGCUCCAGCGUCACGCUGCCCUGUGUCGUGGAGCCCUCGCCUUCCUCGAGCGGAGGCACCGCGGGGGCCACGAGCGUGCUGUGGUUGCAGGACGGCCGUAGCCUCGCCAGCCAGGGCAGCUCCCCGUGGCGGCAGCUGGACACCGGCGCCCUGCUCCUGCACCGGGUGGACGUGGCCGACGCCGGCUCGUACCGCUGCAGCGCCAGGAACGCCCACGGCGUCGCCUACUCCGAGACGGCUCAGCUCGUCGUGCACGUGCCGGCCAGGCUUGAAGGACCCUCCUCGGACUACGCUCAACGCCUCAGCGGGCACUACACUGGUUUUACGAUGCGACGCCGAGGGCGACCCACUCCCUGUGAUAACCUGGUGGAAAGACGGACAGAGGGUGUCGACGGCUGAGGUGUCGGGAUCGUCAGAGUCCCAGCUGAGCGUCAAUGCGACCGCCAGCGCAUCGUAUGUGUGCCGUGCGACCAACGUCGUCGGGGAGAACCGCACAGAAGUGAGCGAGGCCCGUGAGUUCGUCGUCCAGGUCGAAGGAUCUCAGCCAGCAGCGUCCAGCACCACCGAGGCAGCUGCCGUCGAACAGAGCAGCAGCGACUCCUCGGUCAUGGUUCAGGCCCAGCAGUCGCGACCCGACGACGAGGACGAGGCCUCUUCGGCGACCGGGUCGGCCGCGGAGGACGUGCCUCAGGGAUUCUGCUCGCCGUACACGGGAUCGGCGUGCCGGCGCUUCCUGGGCACCGGCCUGGUCUACUACAACAUCAGCCAGGACACGUCGCCCGUGGUCCUCAACGAGCAGCUCACGCAGCAGCUGUGGGACGAGCUCAUCUCGUCGCUGCUCGAGCCGUGCCGCUCGGCCGCCGAGGUGAUGAUCUGCCACUACGCCUUCCCGCAGUGCGAGUGGCGCGCCCGGCUCGCCAUCGCCAAGCCGCUCUGCCGCGAGGACUGCAUCGCAGUCCGCGAGCUCUUCUGCUACAACGAGUGGGCCAUGAUCGAGGACAACAAGCAGCGCGGCAUUUUCUUCAAGUCGCGCGGCCACUUCCGGUUGCCGGACUGCGACCUGCUACCCAGUUACAAGGACAACGGCCAGUGCUCACAUGCCCACCUCACGGACUUCCAGGAAGACGAGGUCACCGUGAACUGCAUCAAAGGCCGUGGUCGCUUCUACCAAGGAAGUGUCAACGUGACCAAGUCUGGCAUUCCGUGCCAGCGAUGGGAUGUGCAGGAGCCCCAUCAUCACAACAGACCUCCAAUGGUAUUCCCUGAAGUGCUCAACUCUGAGAACUACUGCCGAAAUGCCGGUGGUGAAGAGCCCAUGCCCUGGUGCUACACAACAGAUCCCAGGAAACGAUGGGAGCACUGUUCUAUACCCCAGUGUGAGAACACAACCCUGAGCGACGUGUCGGGCCGCGACAUCCUGGACCUGUUCGAGCCGCCCGGAGAGCCGUCGUUCGCGCCGGCAUUGGUUCUCCUCGUGUCCGCCGUGAGCUUGGCGGCGCUGGUGCUGUUGCUGUCGCUGGCGCUGGGCUGCCGCCGCCUGAGGCGCUACGGCGGGGCCCGCUCCCGUAGCGGCGGUUACAACGCAACGCCGACGGCCGACGUGGAGAUCGACCUGGACAAGCUGCCCUCGAAUGCCUCCUACCACCACACCGCUGCCAGGCUCCACCCGCGCCUGGAGAAGCUCGAGUACCCGCGAAACGACAUCAUCUACCUGAGAGACAUUGGGCAGGGGGCUUUCGGCCGCGUCUUCCAGGCCAAGGCCCCCGGCCUCAUCAAAGGUGAUGAGUUCACCACGGUGGCGGUCAAGAUGCUGAAGGAGGAAGCAUCCGAGGACCUCCAGAGCGACUUUGAGCGCGAGGCCUGUCUUAUGGCGGAGUUCGACCAUCCCAAUAUUGUCAAGCUGCUGGGUGUCUGCGCCGUGGGGAGUCCCAUGUGCCUGCUCUUCGAGUACAUGGGCAAGGGAGACCUAAACGAGUACCUCAGGUCCUGCUCUCCCUCCAACUACAUUGUCCGCAACCCGUCGGGCGGCUGCGGCGACAUGUUCAGCGACGUCCGGCUCAGUCACCUGGAGCUCGUCUCAAUCGCGCGCCAGGUCGCGGCCGGCAUGGUGUACCUGUCCGAGCGCAAGUUUGUACACCGGGACCUGGCCACACGUAACUGCCUCAUCAGCGACGACAUGGUCGUCAAGAUAGCUGACUUCGGCCUCUCGCAGAAGAUGUACGCGGCUGACUACUACCGUGGAAGCGAGCACGACGCCAUUCCGAUACGUUGGAUGCCGCUAGAGGCCAUCCUUUACAACAAGUUCACUGUCGAGUCAGAUGUGUGGGCGUUUGGCGUAGUGCUUUGGGAAAUCUUCUCGUUUGCGCUACAGCCCUAUUACGGCAUGACGCACGAGGAAGUGGUGGCAUUCGUCAAGGAGGGAAACUGCCUCGGCUGCCCAGAAGGAGCACCGGCACCGGCUUACGCGCUGAUGCGAGCGUGCUGGAGUCGCAAGCCGUCAGGCCGGCCCAGCUUCAAGACGAUCCACAGGGCACUUGGGACACUGCAUAACGAGCUAGUCAAGCACAGGGACAAAGAGAACAUGGUCCACGUAUGAGGACAGGGACUCUAACUUCUACAUGUAUUGUGACACCAAUGACUUCAGAAGUCAUGUGCUCGACCAUGGGGCUGCUUUUCGGACUUCUCAGCAGUACAGCCUUAUAUGUCAGCACCAAGAGAACUUGUUGGUGAUCCGACAACCAUGGCAUUUGGUGUGCCGCUGUUUAUGUUCGCAACUUUGUAAAGCUCACCAUCGAGAUGCGAGUGUUGGAGUUCGCGAGGUGAAUUUGUUGAACACCGGGCCUGACCACUCAUUUCUUUUGUGCCAGCUUUUUUUUUUUCGUCCACCGCUUCAAAACGCAGAAUCGUCAUGCUGAUUUUACAGAUUGUACAGUUGAAUCAUGUACUGUGAAUUUUGCAUGGUUUGACCUUUGGGCAUCUACAUCAUUCCAAGAAAUAUUUUAAUUCACGGUACCAAAAUUUCAAUCAGCAAUGCCCAGCAUAUGACUUGCAAGGUACGCAGCAACAGUAUUGCCUCUCGGCUAAUUUGUCAAUUCAGUAUAAACUCUUUGGACACAAGUGAAAAAAACUUUUUGUAGCCCAUCACCCAGGGUAACUUAUUGUGAUUUUGGUUUUAUAGAGGCAGUUGAGAGGGCAGGUAUAUGUAUCUUGGUCUACAAAUCAUUCAUUCUAGGUGUACAUUCCCAAAGACACUAACAACUGAUCGGAAUACUUCAAUAACUUAGGGUGCAAGUGAAAAGAUCUCUUCUUUUACUGGUGUGUUUCAGGUAAAUGAGAAAGCUUAAAUCUUGCAUCGACCGCAAAAGCACUGUAAAAAACUUUGUAGUGAGACUGUCAUAAGUUAUGCAUAUACACCAUGUGAUCACCUGCUUUAUAGGUUCCUUACAUAAAGACGAAUGCACUUCUGUUUUUCACAAAAACGUAUUUUAAAUUUUCCUCUUGCCACAUGCAACAUAUUGAAUCAUUUUCUAACUUCAGGAAAUCUUAGCACCAAUAUUGGCACGAAGGAUACUGUAACUCUGAAUGAGUAGUAUUUUUAUCAUACAAUGACCCACAGGCAGCAGAUUUUUUGACUAAGGAAUUUUAUUGAACAUUUUUCACUGCACUUGAAGGGAAGUCAUUACUAGGUUAGAGUAUUCUAGCAAUUAUGUUCUUGCUGUUCUUUGCAAGGUCCUAAAAUUCCAGCUGUCAGUUCUUGCAAGAUUACCACACUGCUCGGAAUAUGCAUAAUUUAAGGAAGCACAACAGUGUUAGUAAGUUACAGAACUUGGCCUGGCAGUUUAGUUUUCACAUUUAUAAUAUUCAAAUUUCCCAGUUGAUAGUUCUUGCAGCACAUUGAUGUGUGCGUCUCAUAAAUUGAAGCGCGGCACUUGGGAACAGGCUGUCCACACCUACUUCCUUGUGGCACCAGGCUAGAAUAGCACAAAACACACAGUAAGAUGUAUAAUUCAUGGUGUUUACAAUUUGUGGAAUCUUCUGGGUCAUCUUUGAAAGCACAACAACGGCUAUUUUAUGUACUGAAUGCAAACUGGUCUGCGACUUUUCAGCACACGUUGUCAUUUGUGGGUACAAGACACCACUAUAGUAUGACUUCACCUAGUGUUUUCUAUUCUGUUACGCAAAUAUUACCUUGUGUGGAAUAAUAAGCACAAACUUUAGACGGGACAGUGAGGCAGACAAGGGACAGGCAUUUCUUCUUGUUAUUCUUAUUAUCCCACGCAAGAAUCAACCAACUAGCCCAGCAACAUAUUCUAUUAAAGUAUUACCUUGGGGAAUUCGCACUGUAUGUUGUCUGUCGACCAGAGACUCUUUCGAAGCUAGGAAGUAUCAAAAUAGCAUGUGCACUUGGUGUACGAUCUAAAAGGUGUCAUACUUGAAUUCUACCCUUAGCUUCAUAAAUGCAGAAGUACUUGCGAACUUUUUUUCAUAAUGGUAUCAUUUAAUAAUGUCGGUUUUUGAAAAAUAUAUACACAAUUUACAUAUCUAAAGUUUUUCUUUUUUUCAGUUCAUCAUCUGGGGAGGGGGAGCAGCUGUGCCCCAACAUGCAGCCAAUAUUUGCACUUCAAGCACAUCAUGCCUCGUGGUGUCUAAGGCUCGUUCAUGGCUUGAAAAGAUUUCACUCUGGUGAUGUCAUCAGAAAAUAGUUUUCGUUGAACAUUUUCCUACUCACCCUUUUCACUGCUACCUUGUUAUGGGCACAGAUUGCUGAAAGUGCUUUUGUACACUUGGUACCAAACUAAAUGCAAUAAUGUUAGUGCACAUUCCUGCUUACGUUAAGCUUUACAUUGCAAGCAACAUGAGUUUUAUGCUCAUGUGCAGCUUUAUGACAGAGAUGCAAUGGUGUACACACUAAUAUAAAGUUAUUGCUAUCUCCCAAGGUGUGCUGAGCUUCGCCAGAAGAAAGAAUAUUUGCAAGGCUGGGCACUCUCUUUAUUGAAUUUUAUUCAUUUGCUUGUACAGACAAGUAGCUGACUACAAGCACGUUUUAAAACAUUCCACCACAUCAGCCCGCACCGCUGUGGGUAAACUGUACUCUGAUAGAACAGGGACCAAGUGCCUGAUCCCAUCUAUCAAUAUUAAACUCUGUUGUCCUCUGGAGAUUGUAACAAGGGCUUCCGAAAUGGGGCUUUUUACACAAGUGACCAUCUAGUGUUGCCGAAGGUUGGUUCUUUUUUUGUGUGUGUCAGCGAAUACCUUUAGCUUCUGAGAUGUGUACAUGCUUUUAAAUCUUCUUAGGACACCAUUUAUAUUUGACGUGUUCUAUUAUUGUUUUUGUUAUUGCAUAGAAAAAUUUAUCUUCGUGUAUUUUACAUUUUUACUCUUUUAUUUUGCUCAUGCCUUUUACUCAUGAGUUGCGUCUUUGUGACUUUUAGACAAGAAAAGUUGUGCAGUAGUUGCCAUUUUAUAGCAUUUGAGUGCAACUUGUCUAGACAACCUUUUCAAGAAUGGCAGGAGUGAUUGAGGUUUUUUUGUAUGGAGGCAAGAACUGUGGACUAAGCUAUUGGCCAACAAAGCCUUACCAAACCAUCUGUGGGAGCAUAUCGAAGCUUGUGUAAAUAACUUAUGCAGAGAUUUUUGCCGUGAAUAUGUGUGAAAUGCUUGUUAUUGAACUAUUUGCGAAAUGAGGUUCUCAAGCACUUCCAAUUUAUGGGAGGAAGUUUCAAAACUAGCAUGACAUCAGUGAAGUACUGUUGACUGUGCUCAGUAAAAUAUGAUCUUCUGAAGGUGGAGCCCAAAGCACCCCAACUGUUUGUAACAAGCACAAGAAAAUGUUGUGUCAUGGUUUUGUUCUCACAUUAAAGUUCGGUGUGCUUAAGUGCUAAAAAUUGUUUAUUGUACAGACUGACUAGAUGAACAGAAUAAUUUUCCGAGGUGCUGAACUUUUAUUCUAUUUCUGCAGGAUGAGCCAGUUCUGCAAGCACUCUUCAUUGCAGAUUCUUAAGUGCUGCUCAAUAUCUGUGUCCAAUAUACUCUCUCCUAGUCAUUACAUGCUACAAUGCUGAGGUACUACUGCUGUGCCUCAGCUUGUUCUAUGGCAUUAUGUUUAAUCAAAACAGAAAUUUUUACUUCAAAGGCAACACGAGUUCCCGAAGCCUGCCAUUCGUUUCCCUCAUUUUCUCUUACAUUUAAUUGCAGCCUUAACACCCCGUGAUUAUUCUUACAUUGUCAAUGCAACCUACGCAUUUUCACAUCCAAUAGAACUUUUGAUGGAAAAUAACAUAUUUUGUACACACCCUGCACUGGAAUCGCUAGAAUGUAUUAAGUAUAUGCGUCUAAAUAAUCUUACUAUUGUCAAUGUUAGAAACAUCAGAGCUAGAGUAAACUGGACUAAAAGCUCAAUAUUCAGGUUUUUUAUUUCCAUAUUUCAUCCUUCAAAGUUUUUCAGUUAUGUUGGUACUGACCAGAAGACGCUUGUGUGUGACACUUGGGCAACUCCAAACAAGUAUCUUUGUGCUGUUCAUUUUCUGGGUGCGCAAUUUUUUCGCAAAUGCGCCCAUCGAUCACGUCUUCGUUUUAUAUAUUUGUCUACAUGACUGCACUUGCCGUAGGGUGGCAUUUUCAGGUCUGUUGUUGAUCACGUUAUAUGCCGCGCCUUCAACAGAGCCGUUCUCCGCAUGUUUGCUGUGCUUCGGAGGAGUGCGAGCUCUGCAGGCACCAUGCUGAUGUUGUGUGUGUACAUGAGAUGCUGGCAUGGUGGCACUGCACACGUCGAACAAGCUACUCUUUCACAUGUGUGUACAGGAAAGUCACAGGCACCGCUCGUGGCAGCAUACUGUUUUCUUUUAUCUCGUCACUUGCAUGUAUGUCUGGAUGUACAUUUUGGGAAGUGGGAAACACGUUGUGGCAUUUGUACAUAAAAGCACCAUGGUACUUCUAA